UCCUGGAUCACACGGUCAUGUGACUGCCAAUGAUGGCUUCCCUCUCGCAAUGAUGGAGGUGUACUGUCGCUAACAUGACAAUAUAGUUGAAACGUUAUCGGUUUUUAUGCUCAUUGGAUUUACAAUAGCACUACAAUGCAGAAGAUCAAGUCUCUUAUGGCCCGGCAGGGUUUAAAAAGCCCCCAGGAGAGCAUGACAGACCUCAGUCCUGUGGAGAACCUGAGGAUCCCAAGCAAGUUUCAGGAGGAGUUGCGGGAGCUCAGGGAACAGCCCAUUGACCCUCAGGCCGAGCAGGAGAUGAUCGACAGUAUCGAGGAGGUCUACUUCUCGAACGACACUUUUGACAUGGUGCAGCACGAACUGGAGAAACUCCCAACUGAGUUGAACCUGCUGGAGUUGGAAGAGUACCGAGACAGACUGAAGAGACAACAGGCUGCUGUUUCAAAAAAGGUUGCUGAUCUCAUUCUGGAGAAACAGCCGUCUUACGUCAAGGAACUGGAAAGAGUGACGGCGUUACAGGCCAACCUGCAGCUGGCUGCUGUCAUUUGCACAAAUGCAAGAAGGCAACUGAGUGUGUCAAAGGAGGGAUUCACAGAAGCAAGUUUGGGUUUAUUAGCCAAUCAGAGAAGGCGGCAACUCCUAACAGGACUGCUCAAGUCUCUUCGGACCAUCAAGACCCUGCAAAGAACAGAUGUACGGCUCAGUGAAAUGCUUGAGGAGGAAGACUAUCCUGGUGCUAUCCAGCUCUGUCUGGAAUGUCAGAAAGCUGCCAGCACAUUCAAACACUACAGCUGCAUCAGUGAAUUGAAUUCAAAACUGCAAGACACUCUGGAGCAAAUAGAGGAGCAGCUUGACGUAGCCCUGUCAAAGACUUGCAAACACUUUGAUGUUGCACACUAUACCAAAGUCCAGCUGGCCUACACGCUGCUUGGGAAGACACAGACUGCUAUGGACCAGUUGCACAUGCACUUCACCCAGGCCAUCCACAACACUGUGUUCCAAGUGGUGCUGGGAUAUGUCGAGCUCUGUGCUGGCAAUGCUGAUACCAAGUUCCAGAAAAUGCAAUAUAAGGAUCUCUGUACGCAUAUCACCCUGGAUAGCUACAUUCCGUGUCUGACUGAUCUAUGCAAGGCAUUGUGGGAGGUGAUGGUGAGUUACCACCGCACGAUGCAGUGGCACGAAGCGCAUGAUAAGCAAGCGACUACACCCACUCCAGAGGAUGCCGUCGCGGCAGAGUCUGACGAGUUGGUGGUGGACCACAGCUACGUUAAGAAGAAGCUGGAACAUGGGCUGACACGGAUCUGGCAGGAUGUCCAGUUAAAGGUGAAGGCCUAUAUCCUUGGGACCGACAUGUCUAACUUCAAAUAUGAUGACUUCAUCGUCGUAUUAGAUGUCAUAAGCAGAUUGAUGCAGGUGGGUGAAGAAUUCUGUCGAAGUAAGUCGGAGCUCCUGCAAGAAUCCAUUAAACGCCAGAGUGUCAACUACUUUAAAAACUAUCACAGGGCACGGCUGGAGGAGCUGCGCAUGUUUCUUGAGAAUGAAACAUGGGAACUAUGCCCUGUCAAGUCUAACUUCAACAUAUCACAGCUCCAUGAGUUUAAGUUCAUGGACCAGUGUCGCUCCCCUUCGCUUUCCCCGAGCAGACACGGUCCAUCUUCUCCCAUUCAAAUCAAAGAGGAGCUGUCUCUGUUCCAGCAGUACCUGCAAGAGGGAAACCCCUUUGAGAUGCACUUUGAACAGAAAGAUGAAGAGACAGAGGAUGUGCUGGCAUCUAACGGGUAUGAGUCUGACGAGCUGGAGAAGAGCGCGUAUCAGGAUUACGACAGCGAUAGUGACGUCCCCGAGGAGCUCAAGCAGGACUACGUUGAUGAGCAGACGGGAGAUGUCCCCCUCAAGAGUGUAUCUCGGGAGAGUAUAAAAGGCAAGAAGAGGUCAGAUUACAACCUGAAUAAGAGCAACGCCCCAAUCCUUACUAACACAACUCUCAACGUCAUCCGGCUCGUCGGGAAAUACAUGCAGAUGAUGAGCAUUCUGAAGCCGAUUGCUUUCGAUGUCAUCCACUGUGUGUCCCAGCUCUUUGACUACUACCUCUAUGCUGUUUACGCCUUCUUUGGACGAAAUGACACGCCUGUCCCAAGCCCAUCUUUGCUAAGUCAUGGUGGCAGAGAGUCGGGCUCGGCCCGAGUGAUGGGCCCUGCUUGUUUGUAUGAAUCAUCGGGUCUGGGCCUUAUCAGCAGCAGACUGAGAACCACACUGAACCGGAUCCAGGAGAGCCUCAUUGACAUGGAGGUAGGCAGUGAAAAUCCUGGUAUGCACGGUCCCACGGAGGACAGAAAGGAGAAGGUGCCGAGCCCACACCUCAGUCAAAUGGUGGUCCUCACCAACAGUGGUAGUCUGUAUGGGCUGGCACAGAGAGUGGUUGCCACUGAGUCCCUUGUGUUUUUGGCUGAGCAGUUUGAGUCACUUCAGUCCCAUUUGGACACAAUGAUGCCUGCUGCCAAGAAGCCUUUUCUGCAGCAGUUCUAUUCCCAGACAGUGUCAACAGCAAGUGAACUGCGGAAGCCCAUAUACUGGAUCGUGGCAGCCAAGGCCAUCGACUACGAGCAGAUGUUGCUCCUGAUGUCCGGCGUUAAAUGGGACAUUAAAGAGAUCAUGUCCCAGCAUAACAUAUAUGUGGAUGUCCUCUUAAAGGAGUUUGAGAUGUUCAGCCAGCGGCUUGCCGACAUCUCGCGACAUGUGCCUCUCCCACUGCCCGUGUCCAACGUCCUCUGGGAGCACUGCAUCCGCUUGGCGAACAGAACUCUUGUAGAGGGCUAUGCUAACGUGAAGAAAUGUAGCAACGAGGGGCGGGCCCUGAUGCAGCUGGAUUUCCAGCAGUUUUUGAUGAAAUUGGAGAAGCUGACUGACCUGAGGCCCAUUCCUGAUAAGGAGUUUGUUGAGAUCUACAUCAAAGCCUACUACCUGACAGAGAACGAUAUGGAGCAAUUCAUCAAGAACCACAGGGAGUACUCCAUGAAGCAGCUGGCAAACCUGGUGAACGUUUGUUUGGGCACUCACAUAAACAAGAAGGCCCGGCAGAAACUUCUGGCCGCCAUUGAUGACAUAGACAGACCCAAGAGAUAGAUCGCACCCCAAAUUGUGCCGUGCAGCUGGCUGACAUGUAGAAACAGUAAACCAAGUGAAUCCUCUGAUAUUAAGCAAAUGCUUGUUAAGAUGGAUGUAAUCAUUCAUAUCUGUACGGCAACUCACAUUAACCUUUUUUUUUUUUUUUUUUUAAAUCAUGUGAUUUCCUUGAACUUGCUCUCUUCCUUUCCAAUUAGCUACAACGACAACUGGAAUUAAUCAUGUAUUAAUUUAGAAAAUCAAAUGAUUGCACUUUUUUUGUUGUUGUUAAAAUAUACUAGUUAUACAUUAUGCACUCCAGCUCAUGCAGACAUAAAUAUUUCUGCAUGAAUGGCUCCUGCUUGCCUUCUUGUUAGUUUUGUGGAAGAAUCUUUAAUAUAAUAUUGAUUUACAGUUGUAUGUAAACCACUUAUAAUUGACGAGCUUCACUUUUAUGUGGGAAUUAUGUGAUUUCAGGGUUAUAUGACGACUUUGCAAUGGAAUAGUGUACAAUGCUAGGUUGGAUUUAUUGUGAUGAGCAAAAUGAAUCUAUACAUCUAUGUAUCGCUCAUUGUGCAACAACGCCAGAGGAGAAUCGUGCAAAUGUGAAUGUUUUGAACAAUGUCUGUAUUUAUUUACGGCUCCCUGCCUUCAUUUUGCUGUUUUAUAUAAUAACCAGUGGACGUGUCCUGUGCUGUUUCCCCCAUUUCAUGGAAUUCGUCAAAUGCAAAUAGAACUCACCAUUUAACAAUUUGUCAGUGCUAAAAAUUGCGGUUGAGUGGAAUUACGGAGUCAUUCCACGAUAAUAAACCCGUUAAAAAUG